AUGGUUGUAGGAGGCCAUUUGAGUACCAAGGACGUUGAAAUCCCACCCAGGGAGAUUAAAGUCAAGAUUCCUGGUGGUGUCGCCGGAACUUUGGCUGUCCCACAUGCAGCUGACUUGAAUGGGGACGACAAGUACAAAUUCGCUUCCCCUACGAAGAGAGUUGUUUUGAUUCUUCAUGGCCAAGGAGGCCACCGUGAUUACUGCUACCAAAAAUUGUUGUCUCACAAAUUGGCAGCGGAAUUAGGCAUGUACUCGUUCAGAAUUGACUUUAGAGGAUGCGGUGAUUCUGACGACUAUGAGGACGAAACAUUGGGUCGGACUCUUGAUCUGGACGUUGCUGACAUACAAGCCUCAGCUUCGUACCUCACUGAUGGUUCCAAAAAUGCUUUGGGGAUCGAUUUUGAAAUUGCUGCUAUUGUAGCUCAUUCCAGAGGUGGCGUUGCUAUGUUCCUUUGGGCCAUGCAACAAGAUGAGCUCUUGAAAUCAGAGCCAAGCAAGGCUAUCUAUGUUCCAAAUUUGGUCAAUAUGUCUUCCAGAUUCGAGUCAAAAACCGUUUACGAUAGGUACCCCAAUGAUCAAGACGACCCUUGGGAAUAUUUGUAUCAGACAGGUCUUCGUUACGGCAAAUGGGAAAAAUAUAAGAUUCCCAGAAACGAGAUUGAUGAACUUUCCAAACCUGACUUGACGAAAUUGAGAGACCUCUCGCCAAAAUGGGCGGUUUUGAGUGUUUACGGAAUGGAUGAUGAUAUUAUCCCAAAGGUGGACAGCGCACAUUACGCUAAUCAUCUCAAUCGUGGUCCAUACUCUCAUGAACUUCAGUUGAUUCCAGGAGCUGACCACAACUUCUACGGAACCGAACCGAUCGAAGAUGAGGAUGAUGCUGAAUUGAGGAACCCGCUUGGUUUACCACUCAAUAAAAACAAACUCGUCAAUUUCAACUACCUAGCUGCUGCCUAUGUGCUCAGAUUCCUCCAGCCUAAAGAGGAACUGACUAGAUUUUUUCAUUUGAGCAAAGCAAUCGACUAUAUUCCUCGAUGGAAAGUGGUUGACGGAGUUGCGAAUUUUAGAGAUCUUGGCGGAUGGCAGAUCACGAAGCCACGCUACAGACAAGUCGCUCAAGAUGGGAGUGUUUGGAUUCGUCCCAAUUAUAUAUUCCGUUGUGCAAACACCAAUCUUGUGACACCUAUCGGAAAGGAAGCUCUUAGGGCAUUGAAUGUUAAAACUGUUUACGACCUUCGCUCAAAUCAGGAGUGUAACAAAGACGGUGUCGCUGAGCUCAAGGAUCAGGGUAUCGACGUUAUUUUUAAUCCUGUGUUCGCCAAUGAAGAUGCGUCUCCUCAAGCGUUAGCCCUCAAAACUGCGAACUUGCUCACACACUGGGAUACGUAUGUGAACUUGUAUGACAACAUGCUUGAGGAAGGUUUCGAGUCCUUUAAAAAGAUGUUUAGGCACAUUUGUGAUCAUCCAGAAAAGCCUUUUGUAUACCAUUGCACAGCAGGUAAAGACAGAACAGGUGUCUUCGCAAUGUUGGUUUUGAGAUUCGUUGGGGUGGACAAACAUACCAUAGCUAGGGAGUAUGAUUUGACGACCCAUGGCUUGAAACCUGAUCACCCACGUAUUGCCAAAGCUUUCCAAAAUGGCCUCGAAAGGUUUAAGGCAAAAAUCAAUUUGAAGGAUCUUGAGGCAUUGGUAAGUCGUGGCCGUGAAGGAUGGACCUUAGAGAAAGAUGGCUUGGAGAACCUCUUGAGCUCAAGAUAUGAGGCAAUGCUUGCUACCAUUGACUUGCUUGACGAAAAGUACGGAGGCGUUGUCAGCUAUAUGAAAGAUGUGCUUGGUUUCAGUGAUUCUGAUUUGAGGAAAAUCUAUGAUAAUUUAGUGACCCGGGCAUCGAGCAGGUCGAACCUUGACGCCAAAUUUUAA